UCCUACUGCACGAUUCAGUUAAGAAUCAUUUCCCAUUCUGUUCCUCUUUUUUCAUUUGCUUGGUUUAGAGCUAAUGGAGUUGGUUCUUCACCUGAGUUGAUCCUUCCUGGAGUUUUGUUCAGGAAUCUUUGGGAGAAGAGAGAAGUUCGUGUUUUCGAGGAAUGGAGAGAGUUAAUGGGGAAGCUAAAACGCCAUUGUUGGUGGAAACAGGGUUAGAAUCUGUAAUUACAGGAGGAGGAAAGUUACUCAUUAGGCGUGAUUCGGUGAAUUCACUUGGAAGGGAUUUUGUAUCUAAAUUACCUCAUAAAGUCAGGUCUGGUGUUGAUCCUGAGACCCCUUUUAACAUCGACAUCUCUAAAACUCUUGGUCUCAUCGAAGGAGAGAAGGAUUAUUAUGAGAGACAAUUUGCUACUUUGAGGUCAUUCGAAGAAGUUGAUUCCAUAGGCAUAUCAAACAGUAGUGAUGAUGAGGAUCACCAUAAUGUGGAAGAGCACCAACACGAAAAGGCUAUGAUGAUCUCCAAUUAUGCAAAUAUUAUCUUGUUGGCAUUUAAGAUAUUUGCAACAAUAAGAAGUGGAUCCUUAGCUAUUGCUGCUUCAACUCUAGAUUCAUUGCUAGAUCUAAUGGCUGGGGGUAUUCUUUGGUUCACUCAUGUGUCAAUGAAAAACAUAAACAUUUACAAAUAUCCAAUUGGAAAAUUGCGGGUACAACCAGUUGGAAUUAUUGUUUUUGCUGCUAUAAUGGCCACCCUUGGGUUUCAAGUAUUGAUUCAAGCAGUAGAGCAACUAAUAAAAAAUGAACCAUCAAAACAUAUGAACUCAGAACAAUUGUUGUGGUUAUACUCAAUUAUGUUGUCUGCAACUGCCAUAAAACUUAUUCUAUGGUUUUAUUGUAGAAGUUCGGGAAACCAAAUUGUUCGUGCUUAUGCAGAGGAUCACUAUUUUGACGUGGUUACAAAUAUAGUCGGUUUAGUUGCUGCUGUCCUUGGUGAUAAGUUUUAUUGGUGGAUUGACCCUGUUGGUGCUCUUAUUCUGGCAAUACAUACUAUCACAAAUUGGUCUAGAACUGUUAUGGAAAAUGCAGUGUCAUUGGUGGGGCAAACAGCACCACCCGAAAUGUUGCAAAAAUUGACAUAUCUCGUCAUUAGGCAUCACCCUCAAAUCAAACGUGUUGACACCGUCCGAGCCUACACGUUUGGCGUUCUUUACUUUGUAGAGGUUGAUAUUGAGUUGCCAGAGGAUUUACCAUUGAAAGAAGCUCAUGCUAUUGGAGAGUCGUUACAAAUCAAAAUUGAGGAACUGCCUGAAGUUGAACGAGCGUUUGUCCAUCUUGACUUUGAGUGCGAUCAUAAGCCAGAGCACUCUGUUCCUAGUAGGCUACCCGAUAGCAGUCCUCGUUAAUUGAUGAGGCGCGUAUGUUGUGAAUUAGUCGAGAAUUACAUGUGCAAGUGUAACAGCAACUCAUAUCUUUGUGUACUUUACUCAAUAAAGAAAGAACCCUCGUUUGGGGUCACCAUUCAACUCGGAGACCACCGUAUACGGACACUAUGAAGUAAAGGUUGGUGAUACUUGAAUCAUUUUCAGAUUUUAGGAUAACUGUAUAUCAUAGACCAGCUAUUGGCCCCUAUUAUUAUUCUGUUAAGGGCAAUCCCCUGUUAUGUCUGGUUAGCCCUUAUCCUAGUUAGUCAUUUACUAGUGUUAUUUUUAAUUAUUCUCUUCACAUGUUCAUGAACGAGAAGAGCAUCUCCGAUAGUGGGUGUAAAAAAUUCUUCGUGGAAGUUUAAUUAAAACUUUUAUUUAGAAGAUUUUA